CAGACACUCCCGAAGUGAAGUUCCUUCGCAGACGCAUCUGCUGAGACUGUGCUCACAGCGAAGAGCCCGCCGGCAACAUGUGCAAAGGACUGGCCCGCCCUGCCCCACUCCUGCCUGGAAAGGGCCAAGGAGAUUAAGAUCAAGUUGGGGACUCUCCUGCAGAAGCCAGACCCGGCUGCCGACCUGGUCAUUCCCUACAACGAGAAGCCGGAGAAGCCAGCCAAGACCCAGAAGCCGUCGCCGGAGGAGGCCCUGCAGUGGCGCGACUCCCUGGACAAGCUCCUGCAGAGCAGCUAUGGACUCGCCAGCUUCAAGAGCUUCCUGAAGUCUGAAUUCAGUGAGGAGAACCUGGAGUUCUGGAUGGCCUGUGAGGACUUCAAGAAGACCAAGUCAGCAACCAAGAUGGCUGAGAAGGCAAAGAAAAUUUAUGAAGAGUUCAUCCAGACUGAGGCCCCUAAAGAGGUGAACAUCGACCACUUCACCAAGGACAUCACAGUGAGGAACCUGGUGGAGCCCUCGCCGAGCAGCUUCGACGUGGCCCAGAAGAGGGUGCACGCCCUGAUGGAGAAGGAUUCGCUGCCCCGCUUCGUGCGCUCCGAGUUCUAUCAGGAGUUCAUCAAGUAGCCGCGCAGCGGCCGGGAGAGUCGUCCUGUGAGUUGCUCCUCCACGACCCCUGCGUUCCCAGCAGACGACUCUCCUCCCUCCAGGCUCUGCUCCCCGACACCCACCGGGCCCGGCGGCUCACAUGCUCUGCCAGCAUUGUCUGAAAGGCUUCUUUCCCACUGUCCUCGUCCUGCCCCCACUCCUCACUACGCGCCACUCAGAUCAUAUGCCUGAGAGGGCGCUGCUGCCAAACCCGAUCAGCACAGGCAAGUUCUGCCCAAGGCAAGGGACCAUAGGAAGCGCCGGCAGCGCUGAGCGCGGCCGCGUUGGGAAGGCAGGGACCCCCCCACCUUGGUCUGGCAAAGCACAGGGUGGAGGCUGGCUGCAUGAGGUCACGGGUCUUGUUGUUUGAAUUCUGAUCUGGGGCGUCACCCGCCAAAUCAUUUCUGACCUUGGUUAGUAAAAGCUGGCAAGAAUUUUACGAGGCAGCCACUAUCCAAUUUCUUAAGCAAGUUAUUUAAAAUGUUGAUCUUCCCCUUAGAGAAUCCUUAUGUAGCUGGAGGUUAUAAGCAAGAGAUACAAUAAGGAAUAGGUUGUGUUUGUACAUCAUCUAUGUGAGCACAAUCGAUACCGAUUCUUCCCCAGGCCUCCCCAGAUGCCCCCAUAAAGUUCCAAAUUCUGUAUGAAAUCCAUGACCUGAGAUCGGCAACGGGCUCUGUCAUAGCUGCAUCUCUUCUCCAGCGUGCGGGCCCACAGAGUCCAUGUUCGCGUUGUCUCCAAUCCGCGCCCGUAUAAAACUCUGACAUUUCAACACCAGACCGCAAACUAAAGCAGCGGCUGUUUCUCACCCCAACGUCCAGAGGGCUGGAUACGAAAUCGGGAAAUCCCAUCCCCUGGAGCGACUGACGCCCUGGUCGCUGUCUGUUCGGUAAAUGCCGAUGACAACACCCCGUUGUCUUUGGAAAGUGGACUUGACUGAUGUGGGGGUUUGUAAGUGAGCGAGAGCUUUAAAAUACCCUGCAUUUUGCCAAGUAACACCCCUUUAGCCACCCCAUUCCCCCCCUGUUCUGCCGUGUUAGUGAAUUGCCACCACAGUGCAUGCAGCCCCGCCCGCCUCGCUGCCCGUGCCGCCUGCUGAGUUCACACCUCAUUCCGCAUUUCACUGUGUGAGUCCUGGGUGGGCCGUCUUCGCUUCAGUAGGUCUGAUUAGAUGAGUCAUUAUUUACCUGACGGAGUGAUAAGGAGAAUCACAGCAAACCCAGUAAGAGGGUAACCAGGGGAGGCCCCUGAGUGAGUUCAACGAGAACGUGCUGGGAAGGGCUAACGAAAUCCUGACUGUUCCGCAGAGGGUCCCCUUGCUCUGUGCUGGCGCCUGCCCCCCUCUCCUUCCCGUGUCGUUCGCGCUCCUGCAGCUGUUUCCUCAGAGCAGGAGCGUGAAGCCCUUAUGUCACCGCAUCCGCCUGCAGGAGGGUGUAGGGAGGUUCCUCCUGUUCCUGUCCCCUCGAAGGCUGCCUCGAGGCCAGAGCCUUCUGCCCGCUGCCAGGCUGCACGGGCGGCGCAGGCCACUGCCAGCCCCGUCCCUGUGGGGUGAGUGGUCACAUUUGUCCAGAAAGCCCCUUCAAGGACACGCUGUCACAGCCCUGGACAGUAAGGCGACCACACAGCAGGGCAGCGCUCGGGGACCUCCCGCACCUCCUCCCCCGCGUCCACACCUGCCGUUAAAUCCCAGCCCUUCACCUUCUCACGCAGCCGGAAGCCAGCAGCCAAGGGGCUAGGCCAGGCAUUUUCCCUUGGAUGCCAAAACAUUUUUAAGAACAUUUUAAAUUUACUUAAAAAUUCAGAUAUGUUAUGCACAUGUUUGAAAAUGCCCAGAGAAUCAGCUAGAUAUUAUAGGGCUUGCCCAGAGGCUCCCAGUGACAGACGUGGGUGGUCGGAACCCGGUGGACCUCGAGCCCUGCCCUGCCAGUGUCUGGACUUGUCGUUCACCUUGCACACGCUGACCCCUGGAGGCAGAGGCAGGAGACCCCGAGGGCAGCUGUGGAGGCUAGAGAAAGGAACACCUUCCAGGCACACGGUGACAUGGGUACAUACAUGUACAUACAACUUAAAAUUUCAAGCCAUAGACACACACGAAGCUCUUCACUGUAUGAAUACAAUGAGGAAUACAGAUAUCACACCCCCUAAUAAAAAUUGCAAACACAUCAAAGUUGCCCUAGAAAAUGUCUUUGAAAUCUUUUGGAAGUAUUUUUAAACUUAGAAAAAAGAGAAAAAAGAAAAAACUGUGUUACUAGGCAUCUCCAUGGUAACACAAAGACAAUACAUUCUUUUAUUCUGGGCAGUUAGACAACCUGGGAUGCCCUUCCUGGGAAAGAAACAGUGCACCACCUGCCUCUCGGUGGUUCCGCCCGCCGACCCCUCCCCGAGGAACCCCCUGAGGAAGGAGGGCGGUGCGGAGGGUGCGGGUGCAGCCAGCCAGCCUGGGUGCAGACAGUGGUCAGGGGAGCGGGGGCAUCGUGUCUCCUUCUUGGGGGGAACAGGGUUCGGCCAGGGACGCUGUCACAGAGUCUUUCUGCCUGGGUUGAGGUAGUUUUAAGUUGAACCAGAAGCAAGACUCAGACUGUGGAUUCUGUGUUCCAUGUUUGUCUACUAAAGCAGUACUUGUUCAUAUGAACACCCUACUCACUCACUCACACACACACACACACACACACAUACAUGCCACUCACUCCCACACACAUACGCCACACAUACAUCCACACAUGCACCCGUGAGUGCGUACACAUGCGCACACACACAUACACUCACACCCAUACAUGUGUGCACACACAAUCACAUUGCCACACACGUCCUUCUCCCAGACAGACCCCUUCAGAAAUCCAGAGCUCACUAAGGCAGUCCCAUCACUUUGCCUUCAAACCAAUACAAUCAGACGUCUGGAAGGAUCCCGCCACCGCAGCCCUGAGCGCCUGGCGCUCUGCAUAGCGGGGGCUGAAGGCGGUUCCAGGUGUUAGAGCAAAAAGAAAGAGCUCUGCGAGGACAGCCUCCCACUCUGACCCUCUGCAGCCUGUGCUGCCGGGCUGGUGUGCACACACUCCCGUUCAGCCGGGAGUCAACCACCGUCUCCCAGAGAAUGAGCACCAGCCGUCCAGGACCUUCAGGGAAGCCUGCCCAGCAGCCCGUCGGGUGAACUAACGAGCGCCCGCCGGGCUCUGCCACGCUGCCCGCCCCUCACACAUCCCACCAUUGGAGAGUCACGUCGCAGGCUAACCAUUUCUCAGGGAAGUCAUUCCCUGCAGCAGGCCCUGGACCCUGUGCCUGGGAGGGAGCAGGUGUGGGAGAGAAAGGGUCGUGGGAAGAGGGGAAGGAGAGAGGAAGUGGUGAGGAAGUGAGUGUGGCCCACGGAGGAGACAGGUCAGAGCCACUGGCUUCGGGAUUGAAAAGCAGCCUCCCCUCGAGGUCCAGGUCCAGGUGCAGGUCGCGGGAAGGCACUGCACGACUCAGCACAGCGGGGAGGAGCCCCACUCGAAAUCCUGGGGCGUCUUGCUUAGAGAAAAGCGACCUGGAGCCCACUGUCCCCAUCAACAGCAAAGGGUGAGCGCGGACUCUGACACCCAGGUGUCCACACCCAAGGCCCAGGCCACCCGCAGGUCCUGGACGUGAGGUCCGCGGUGUCCUGACGGGUGUCGCAGAGCAGACCGCCUUCCCUGGCCGUCGCGCUCUCCGCCCCGUCGCACAGGUUGUACUGGACGGAGCUGCGAUGCCCUGGAAGCGCCAACCCGCCCAGGGCAGCGUGCGGCUGGGGGUGCGGAGGGGUUUGUCACUGGGCCGGAGUAAUUGGAGCAUUUAAGUCACAGUAUCGGGACUCAGGAAACUAAAUGUUUAAAAUGCUGCACCUGGCAACUCACCUUCAGGAGACGCAGCUCGGAGCAAGGCUGGAAAUGAAGGUUUUGGAAACCCAUUGUCAGAUUUCAUUUAGGAAGAAAUGUGUUUAUCUUCUGAUUUUAUAUCUAACACACUGUGUACUGCGUGACUCCUGCUUUUUGGUAAAUAAGGCACCGCAUGACUUUGUAACCGAUCACAUAUGUUAAUUAAAUAUGUACCCAGCCA